AUCUCCACGGGAUCCCAGGUCUGUUUUUUGGUUGCUAAGAACGUCUGGCUCGUUAUGGUGAAUCACUUAAAACACUUUACAUUACAUCGCCACGUUACAUACAUUACUUCCCGUGUAACAAACUAGUUAUGCCACUAGGCAUUUCCUUAGGUCUAAAGUUUGCAUAUGACCGUUUAGAAAAAUAAUGUAGAUAUAAUAACAGUUGCUGGCUGGACUAGAGAAGCUAAAAAGAAUAAAAAAGAUUACAUAUCUUUCAAUCAAGUGAUACGCAAGUGGAGCAUCUUGUUCAAAUGGGACAUCAGUUGUUUUAAACAACUGUUUGGGCUAUGAAAUGAACUUAUUUUCUCCAGAACAUUUCCGUUGAGAUCGUUCGAGAGAGAACUAUUGUGGUUAGUGGAUAUUCAGUUACUAAAUUUACGAGAUCACGAAAUGUAAGAUUACGAAAACUCAGUCUAAACACCGAAGAAAUCCCUGAUCAUAUAAGAAUAGCUAAUAGAAUCUUCGCACAACCAAAUUUUAAUUUUUGAAGAGGCUAACCUCUCAAGCAUUUUCUAUUUCGUGAAAUUUGAAUUUCGCUUUGUGUUGAAUUCAUAUCAAUAAUAACAAGACUUUUGACCGCUCUCCAAACUUAAUUCAUAAAAUAUGACAAGUCUUAAAAUUAUUUUUUGCGUUUUUUGGCUGAAAUGCAAACCAAGAACAAACAUAUAUUGUUGGUGGAGGACUGGGGAAGAGAAUUGUAUGUCAACCAGUAUGGCUUCAGUUGUCCUAAUUAAAGUGAUUACGUUUUUCUUAUUUUUUUUUUUUUUCUCGGUAGUUUGAGUUAACGUGUAAUCUUCAACUCUUAUAAACCUCCGAAUCUUCCGGGGGUGGUUUACAACAAACUGUAAUAAUCGUGAUUCAGUCUGUCAGUAUCGCGAUUUCAAAGUGAUUACUUUAUUUGCCUCUCUGUCAAAAAUUGCCUUCGAAUUCAAACUUGGCCAAAAAGAUCUUGUUCUUAAAGCCGAUGAGGAGCACAACAAUGUUAUUCUUAGCCAUUCGUAUCACUUAGGAACAACUUUUCGCAUUGCAUGUUUACCCCUUUCAAGUGUGAGCUUUCUCGACUAGGAGAAAUAACUUUUCUUAAUAAUCACAACACGAAGUUUGAUUGGUUUACCAAAUAGUGAAAUGCAAAUGUGCUGAUUCGAAAGCAAUUAAAACUUCAUCAAUAAUUCGUUCGCGCGCCUCUUCCAGUUUGUACCAAAAAUACUUUUUUCUCGUUCGAACUUUACCUUCGAUGACUUAAACCUUCAUUCUAACAAAACCUACCAGGACAAAUUAAGAAGAUAUCAGCCAGCAGAAUAGAUCAGUCUAGCUCUCCUUGUUUGAGUUUCCUUCUUUAUGGCUUUUUGAAAACCAGCAUGUGAAAGCCAGCUGUCGUCUCUACUGAAAGAAAACCCUGACAGAAGUUGUUCUACCAAAAACGAGAUCGCAGAAUGUGAAAUUUUGAAGCAAACGGACUUGUACUUCGUGCUCUUAGCAAAGAAUUGUUCGGGUUACAAACGCGCGUUCACCGUUACUCGAGUAUGAACUGACCAAAUAUUGAAAUGGCCACAGAUAACAGGACUGCAUUGACGCCAAUCAACAAUGGUGGCUUCAAACCGAACCAAGAGGAACGUGAGCGGCUGCGCACAGUCACAGCGUUUUUUAUCUUUGGAAGUUUGAUUUACGCGACAUAUUCCUUAGUCAUCGCUGGUGCUCAAGAUAUACUAGCAGGAACAUUUAUUCAAACUUCUAUGGUUCUCGUCGCGGACAUCGGGCCGUAUUUUCUUGUCACGUUAAUCGCGCCUUACUUCAUGCAAAAGAUUCCGUAUUUUGCCCGCAUCAUGACAGUUUUCCUAUGUGGAAUCGGCGGUUUUCUCAUGCUCUCGUUUUCUAAACAAGUUCAUUGGAAAUUAAUUGGCGUCGGGAUAGCUUCGUUUGGUUACGGCGUCGGUGAAGUGACUUUUCUCGCUCUCACCUCGUUUUAUCACGAGGUCACAGUAAGCGCUUAUUCAGCAGGCACUGGGGCGGGGUUUGUGAUAGCACCCUUAUAUUACACAGCCAUGACAACAUGGGCCUGUGUUUCACCAAAUGCCACCAUUUUAAUCAUGGCGGCCAUGUUACUCCUGAUUUUUGUUUGCUACUACGCCAUGGACAAGAAGCAUUUGGAGGCCAGUCCUCCAAGGGAUGAGCAUGCCGGAGUAGAGUACAGUGCGCUGGACACCACAGAUCGCGUAGAAACUCAAGAAUCAACCAAGGAAAGCAGCAAAGGCGAUGGUGCCCUCUCUUGCCGGGAAAAGUUCAUGGUCAUUCGUCAGAUGCUGCCUGGUCUGAUACCGAUUUAUAUCGCAUGGUUCUCAGAAUAUAUGAUCAUCCAAUCAGUUAUCACAACACUCGCAUUUCCCAAUGCGCCUUUCAGACCACGUGACCACUAUCAGUACUACAUCUUCGUUUUCCUGGGGGGUGAGGUGGUAGGAAGGUCAUAUCAUGUGGCAUUAUCCUAUAUCAAACCAGAAUGGGCAGAAAAAGCUAAAUUCCCGUAUCUUUGGGUUCUCUCCACAAUAGAAGUCAUGCAUCUUCUGUUCUUCGUCCUGGCGGCCUGGUACCGAUUUUUACCGAGUGUGUGGACCGUGUUGCUGCUGUCGUUCACCGGUGGAGUAACGAUUGGCGUUUUCUUCGUCAACGCAUUGGCCUUUUUCAGGGACAGAUUCGAGGACCGUUACAAGGAGUUUGCCAUGGGGUACAUCGUGGUGGCCAUGGGAGGGGGCACAUUCACUGCCUCGCUGGUAGGCCUUGUCAUUGAGCCCCUGUUGCGUAGGCACUGCAUGCUUCUUCUGAAUAGCGAUGACUACUGUUUCACACGAUCAAAGGCCAGAAAGCACAUCAUGUCGCACUGUCUCGGGAAACAGGAUUAACUGAGCUAACUUUAACUUAAAUCCUCCGUAUUUCGCUUCCCUUCUGAUUAAAACUUAGCCACGAUCAGCUAUUAUAUCGUGAUUAUUCCUCCGAAAUUGAAGGCAGCAAAAAAAA